GGCGGAUUUCCGAUUUUUUAACAAAAAAAUCCGAUUUUUAGAAAUAUUUUUCCGAUUUUUUUCGUCGGUAAAAAAAUCCGGAUUUGUGGUGUCCGUUUUCGUUUUGCAGUUUAUACUUGCCUGAAGUAGAUCGUAGAAACGCUUGGAUCAACGUAGGUAGUCAAAGCAUCAAGUACACACUGAUUUAAAGUGCCCGUAUGUUACAUAUCGACCUUGACAUGAUAAUGUUAUGUUUUAAAAGGACUUAAGGCAAUAUGAGUCACCGGAAAGAUAUAAUAGAACGAGGUAGUGUGAAGGACGUUGAUGUCGGCGUGCGAAACGCAUGGAAAUGGAGUUGGCUAGAAAAAGAAGUUGAAGGCAGUUUGUUGUCAGCGUGCAUCUACAAAAUUGAAGAAGCUGGGAAAGCAUAUUGUCGGCUUUGCUCGAAGGAGAUAAACUAUGCCAGUAGGGGUUACAAGACCAUAGAGGCCCAUGUUAAAUCAGAGAAACAUCGAAAACACAAGGAAGCAAAAAAGAGCAGUUAUUCUUUGGCCGGAUUAUUUUCAUCUGGUGCCAGAUCUAAUGACACACAUGAACCUUAUGGACUACACCCAUCGCUGAACGGAAAAUUGUCAGGCUCAGUCACCAGUCAGUCCAGUGACAUCAAAGAUGCACCCAAGUUGUUAGUGCCAGUCAACGACAGACUUAUAAAUAUGGAAGCGACUAUCCUUGGUUUUCUUACUGAAAAUAAUCUCCCAUUCAGCUUGACAACAGAUUUGAUUGAUCUGACAAAAAAACUAUCAAAAGAUACCAAGGCUCUUAGUGAACUACAGAUGAACAGAACAACAGCUUCAUAUAAAAUGACCUUUGGAUUAGGAAAGACAUUAAUGAUGAACUUGACGGAAAUUUUAAGAAUUUCAAAGUUUUCACUAAACAUCGAUGAGGCCACUAGUGAUAACUUUCACAGGGUGUUGGCUGUUCUAGUUUCUUAUUUCUGUCCAACAAAGAAAGAAAUUGUUGUUAAUCAUUUAGCAUCCUUAAGUGUAAUAAAAGUUGACAGUGCCACUCUUUAUAAUGAACUGGUAAAUGUUAUUGAAAGUAACAACAUACCAUGGACAAACCUUAUGUCAAUAUUAAUGGAUUCAUGUAAUGUGAUGAGGGGAUCAAAGUCUGGCCUAGAAGUUCGUAUUCGAAGGGAAAAGGCACCACACUUGUUGGAUAUAGAUGGGGACUCAUGUCAUCAUGUCCAUAACGCUACAAAGGCAUUUUGUAAACCAUUUGGCUAUGUUGUAGAGUCACUGUUUAAUGAUCUACAUAAUGAUUUAAAGUGGUCUGCAGAUUUGAGAGACUUUAUGCAAGAAAUCUGUGUCAUUUUAGGUGUUAAAUACACAGCUCCCCUCAGGUUUGUAAACCACAGAUGGCUUUCAGUGUACACUGUAGCAGUUGACACAUUACGUCUGAUGGAUGUUUAUAGUGUUUUCUAUGCUGGCUUUAUCACACCAGACAAAAAGCCAAAAGUGUUUCCUAUUGUACAAGAGAUCUAUAGAAGGAUAGGCGUAAGUGAUGCAGCAAAGGAAAGAGUAAGAGAAAUCCACUUAUCUCUGUCCAAAAAAUCGUUGACAAAGGAUGGACGAGAUAGAAAAGACAGAAUCUUAGGCAAAAUUUUUGAUGAGAGAAUGCUGAUCAAACUUGUCUUGAAUUUGUACAGUAGUGUUCUGCCUCUGUUGAAAAACUUCACUCUUCUGUUUGAGAUGAAAGAACCUCUAGUGCAUAUACUACAUGAUAAGCAACUUGAACUUAUCAGGGAGUUCUUGGAUUGUUUUAUUAAACCAGAAAAAUUACAGAAUAUUACAGCCAGUCGCCUUGCAAAACUUGAUCUACACAGUAAAGAUAUGCAUCUGAAACCAGUUCACAUGUUCAUGGGUGUUAAUGCGUUGCGCACUGUAAAGGAAAAUAUCAAAUCUUAUAUAGUAAGAAGCUUCCUUGAGAACCUUGAAUCUGCUUAUGUUGCCAGUGGUCAUGUAUUAAAAACAAAACUGCCUAUUGGAAACUCACUGCUACAGAGCCUUUCAGCUAUAGACCCUUGUGCAAGGGGCCACUCCCUUACAUUGCAGUACCUUCAGAACCUUGCGCUGAAAGUUGAUAAUGUAUUAUCUGAAGAAGAGAAGAAUCAGUAUGAAAGAGAAUUAAGAAGGUACCAACGAGAUGAAAAGUUGCCAGAAUUUGAGAACAUGAGAAUAGACACUUGGUGGGCAGAUGUUCAAAUGAAAGGACAGUAUCCUGUCUUAAGCAAGAUGGUAUUGUCCUUGUUGACCUGUUUCCAUGGUCCACAGGUGGAAGGCUCAUUCAGCAUGAUGGGGGACAUCAUGGAUCCUAAAUCUUCAAGAAUGAAGAUUGAAACCUAUUCAGCAAUUCAAACUGUGAAGUCCACAUUACAAGCACAGAAGAAAACUGCUGUGGAAUAUUUUUCACCUCAUGACUUCCAAAAUAAUGCACCACAGAGGAGACUUCUUAAUAACAUGAGGAGUGCAUAUAAGUCAUACAAGUGUGAAAAAGAGAAAGCCAAAGAACAGGAGGAACAGAGAAAGAGAGAAUUAGAAGUGAGAAAAGCAAAUGUUGAAACAAAACGAAAGGCUUCAGAACAGUCAGAAAGAGCUUCCAAAAUUGCACGUUUGGCUCACAAACAACUGAUGAUGAAAUCUUCAAAAAAAACCAGAAAAAAGUCUAAAAAAGGGACAUAAUUUGAGUGAAGUUCGUGCUACAUUUUACUGUUACAGUGUAAAUAUAUUACAAUCUAAAUAUAUUACAAUAUUAAUGUGAAAGUGUACAUAUAUAGUCUCUAGCUAUAUUGUGAAAAGUAAUUUGUGAACUGACAAAACAAUUUAGAUUUAAACUACAGUUGGACAUAUGUGGAACAUGUAUUUACUUUUUACAAUUUAACAAAACACAUUUAACAAACUUAAACAUUUUUCUUGCAAUUGGAUUACACUCAAGUAUCUCAUUCUGUGGAACAUUAGUUGUGAACUGGCCAUGGUAAGUGUAUAAAUUGUCAUGUUGAUGAAAAUUUCAAA